AUGUCGAGUGGAAAUCAGUGUGUGAAGGUUGUGGUCAUCAACACCAAGUAUGUGGAGACAGACGUCAUGAGCUUCAAAGAUGUGGUGCAAAAGCUAACUGGGAAAGACUCAAAUGUCGCAUAUGAAAUGCAGGAGCCAAAUAAUGUUGCAAAGAGCCAGUGCUUCUUGAGAGAUCAGGGGAUCAAUAAUUAUGGUGGGAGGACUAAUGUUAAUGUUAUGGAAUCAUCAAAUGACACUAGUUGCAGUGUUAAUGGCGGAAAGACGACCACGAUGUCUCGGAGUAGUUCUUCAGUUGUGAUGAAAAAUAUAUCGUUCAAGGAGUUUGAAAGAUUGUUCAGAGAGAUGCCCCCAGUGGAGGAUUUUUGGAUUGAUUAG